GAGUCCUUAUCAGAAAUCUUUAGAAAAAACGAAGGCACGUCUGAAAGAGACAUACGAAGACAGACGCGAUGACUUCCAGUAAAAUCGAACUCCCUGGUGAAGUGAAGACCGACGCGGACGCCGCUGCUCUCAUGGCAUCUCUCCAGUUGAUGCCCUCGCCGGUGCCCAACGCGGAGAUCAAGUACACCAAGAUUUUCAUCAACAAUGAGUGGCAAGACUCUGUGAGUGGAAAGACCUUUCCAGUCUUCAACCCCGCCAAUGGAGAACAGAUAUGUGAGAUCCAAGAAGCAGAGAAGGCCGAUGUGGACAAGGCAGUGCAGGCGGCCCGGCUGGCCUUCACCCUGGGUUCAGUGUGGCGGAGGAUGGAUGCCUCAGAAAGGGGAAGACUCCUAGCUAAACUGGCAGACCUAGUGGAGCGGGAUAGUGCCUAUCUAGCAACUAUUGAGUCCAUUGACAGUGGCAAGCCUUUCCUGCCCACCCUGUUUGUGGACCUCCAGGGAACCAUAAAGACGCUCCGAUACUUUGCUGGAUAUGCAGACAAGAUCCAUGGAAUGUCCAUUCCAAUGGAUGGUGACUAUCUUACGUUCACCAGACAAGAGCCCAUCGGAGUGUGUGGACAAAUUAUCCCUUGGAACUUCCCCCUGAUGAUGACUGCUUGGAAGCUGGGCCCAGCGCUGGCCUGUGGAAACACAGUAGUCCUGAAGCCUGCUGAGCAGACCCCCCUCACUUGCCUGUACAUUGGCUCACUGGUCAAAGAGGCUGGGUUUCCACCGGGAGUCGUCAAUAUUUUGCCAGGAUUUGGGCCAACGGCAGGAGCUGCGAUCGCUUCACACAUGGGCAUAGACAAAGUGGCUUUCACAGGAUCAACUGAGGUCGGCAAGCUGAUCCAAGAAGCAGCUGGGACGAGCAAUUUGAAGAGGGUAACGCUUGAGCUGGGAGGAAAGAAUCCCAACAUCAUUUUUGCAGACGCUGAUUUGGACCUGGCUAUAGAACAAGCUCACCAGGGGGUGUUCUUCAACGCAGGCCAGUGCUGCACAGCAGGGUCGCGCGUCUUCGUGGAGGAGCCCAUCUAUGAGGAGUUUGUGCGCAGGAGUGUGGAGAGGGCCAAGAGGAGGACAGUAGGAAGCCCCUUCGACCCCACCACAGAGCAAGGCCCACAGAUUAGCAAGGAGCAUCAGAGUCGUGUGCUGGAGUUUAUCCAGAGUGGCAUCAGUGAAGGAGCUAAUCUGGAAUGUGGAGGCAAAGCCCUGGGCCUGAAAGGAUUCUACAUUGAGCCCACUGUCUUCUCUAAUGUCAAAGAUGACAUGCGUAUUGCCAAAGAGGAGAUCUUUGGACCAGUUCAGCUGAUUCUGAAAUUCAAGACGAUCGACGAGGUGAUCGAGAGAGCCAACAACACAGAGUACGGCCUGGUGGCAGCUGUGUUCACCAGUGACAUCACCAAAGCCAUGACCAUCUCCACGGCCAUGCAGGCUGGCACUGUUUGGAUAAACUGUUUCAAUGCACUGGGCACGCAGUGUCCAUUUGGAGGAUAUAAAAUGUCUGGCAAUGGACGUGAAUUGGGGGAUUCUGGCCUGAAGGAAUACUCAGAGGUGAAGACCAUCACCAUAAAGAUCACAGCCAAGAACUCCUAAGGUGGCCCGUCACACCACGAAGUGGAGAAGGACUUCCUCUGAUGCUCACCACUGACCCGCUGGCUGUUCGUCUGUCAGCAGUGGUCAAACACACUAACCAUCCCAACAUCUCCAUGACCAUGGGCAACUCCACUGGGGAAGUCCCAGCCCUAGCCUCUUCCUCACCUGGGCAGUCCUCACAUCCACACCAGCUGUCUCGGUCAGCCCAGUGACCACAGACAGGUCACACCCAGCCAGCCAGCCACCUCCACUCACCGCCCUCACCCGCCUCCUCCACUAACCACACUAAAGCACUCGGAGAGACGAUGGGGGGAGGCCCCUCUGUUGACACAUGCCCCAAACCCCCUGACCCCCCAGGAGUUGGACACCCACAGACUGAAACACUCCACCUCCGUUCCGGCGCUGCUCCAUGUGGGCAAAUCAUUGUAGCGUGUUGGGAGAGGUUGUGUUGUGGAGUGCCAGUGUCAGACCUGGUGUGUUGUCAUGUAAAAUGUCUGCUCAUUUCAAAACCACUGAAGCUCUCAACCUCAGAAACAAAUGGUUGAGUCAGUUGAAACUGUUCAUUCUAAUUUGUAAUUGUCGAUUGUUUGUGUUUUUAUUUGAACUUUUACCGCUUAACACUGUAUGUCAACGUAUGACCAAUGUAAACGUGAAAAGAAAUAUGGUUAACCUCUUGAAAACAUCUUACUUAUACCUGCUAAAGAGGAGUAAUGUAUUUUAACCAUAAUGUAACAGUUUCUUAUCAAUGUCCAUGUAUGUUCAUGUUUAUACAAUUGUGUACUAUCAAAUUAUAAGAUAAAAAAUUGACCUAGA